AUGGAGCUCCUUGAAGAAGAUCUUACAUGCCCCAUUUGUUGUAGUUUGUUUGAGGAUCCCCGAGCCCUACCCUGCUCACAUAACUUCUGUAAGAAAUGUUUGGAAGGGAUUUUGGAGGGAAAUGCUCGGAAUGUAAUUUGGAGACAGUCUCUCUUCAAAUGCCCAACAUGUCGGAAGGAAACCACUGUGACAGGGGUUAACAACCUGCAAGUCAACUAUUCCCUCAAAGGUAUUGUAGAGAAAUAUAACAAGAUUAAGGUAACCUCAAAGAUGCCUGUGUGUAAAGUACACAGCGGUCAGCCUCUCAACAUUUUCUGCCAAACAGACACACAGUUGAUAUGUGGUAUCUGUGCAACUCGAGGAGAUCAUAUAAAGCAUGUAUUUUGUUCUAUUGAAGAUGCUUAUUUUCAGGAAAAACUUGCUUUUGAGACAUUGUUCCAGGGUUUUGAAACAUGGCGUUGUGGGGAUGCACUUUCUCGGCUAGACACCCUGGAAGCCAGCAAGCGCAAAGCCCUCCAGAUGCUGACAAAGGACUAUGACAGAGUAAAAGAUUUUUUUGAGAAAUUGCAGUAUACACUGGAACAAAAAAAGAAUGAGAUACUUUCAGAUUUUGAGACAAUGAAGCUUGCAGUCAUGCAGGCAUACGAUCCAGAAAUUAAUAAACUGAACACUAUUAUACGAGAACAACGAACCGCUUUUAAUAUUGCCGAAGCCUUUAAAGAGGUGUCUGAACCCAUUGUGUUUUUGCAACAGAUGCAGGAAUUCCGAGAGAAAAUCAAGGUGAUCAAGGAAACCAAAUUGCCUUGUCUUACUGUCAACAUCAAUUCCACAAUGAAAGGAUUUGAUACAAGCCAGUGGGAACAAUUUAAGCUUGCAGAUGUGGACAAACUUUCUUUACCUCAGGAAAAAAGUACUUUUAACUGGGCAUUUUCUUCAUUGUCCUUACAUAAGUUAAUUGUGAUUGUUUUGCUUUCCUUCCUUAUACUUGCUGCCACACAGAUGUUUUUUAUGGACUUUCUAUCUAACAGUCUCCAGCACUGGAAAAUACUUAUAUCUGCAUUUGGCACAGGUUAUCUGGCAGACACAGCAGAGAUGGCAGAUCAUGCUAUCAUCUACUGGGAGAAGAUGACUGGUGGUGCUGCCAUUCUGAGUGAAAAAUGUGUAAAUUACACCCUUGUGAUGUUGGAUAAUAUUGCCCAAUUUAUGUGCAAAUACAAAAUUUUGUAA